AAUUUCUCUUUCCCCACGGCGACUGAGAGGCUCAUUCUUCCGUCUGUGGAACUUGUACCGCCGCAUCCGACCUCCACGUCAAGCAAGGAACCCUCCCUUCCUUACACCCCCCCUUCUACAACUACCAGGUUGAAUCAUCGUCAUGGCAUCGCAACGAGAAAGUUCCUUGGAACUACGUGUCGGCAAGAAGUUCCGGCUUGGCCGAAAAAUCGGCAGCGGGUCGUUUGGGGACAUUUACCUCGGCACGAACAUGACGUCGGGCGAAGAAGUCGCGAUCAAGUUGGAGUCGGUCAAGAGCAAGCACCCUCAGCUCCUCUAUGAGUCUAAAAUCUACAAGAUCCUCAACGGCGGAUUGGGCAUUCCCAACAUUCGCUGGUUCGGGGUCGAAGGUGAGUACAACGUGAUGGUGAUCGACCUUCUUGGGCCGUCCCUCGAAAACUUGUUUGACUAUUGCGGCCGCCGCUUCCAGCUCAAGACGGUGCUCAUGAUCGCGGACCAACUGAUCAGUCGCUUGGAGUACUGCCACUCGAAGAACUUUAUCCAUCGCGAUGUCAAGCCCGACAACUUUCUCAUCGGGCUCGGCAAACGCGCGCAAAUCUGCCACGUGAUCGACUUUGGACUGGCCAAAAAGUACCGCGACCCCAAGACUCACCAGCACAUUCCGUACCGGGAAAACAAAAACUUGACCGGCACCGCACGGUAUGUGUCCAUCAACACGCACAUUGGGAUCGAGCAGAGCCGCCGCGACGACUUGGAGUCGCUCGGCUACGUAUUCAUGUACUUUAUCCGCGGGUCGCUUCCAUGGCAAGGGCUUAAGGCCAACACGAAGAAGCAAAAGUACGAGCGCAUUAUGGAGAAGAAGAUGAACACGCCCAUUGAAGUGCUGUGCAAGGGGUACCCCGCCGAAUUCCGCGCGUACUUUGAGUACACCCGCGCGCUUCGCUUUGACGACAAGCCCGACUACGCGUACCUCAAGCGGCUGUUCAAGGAGCUGUUUUUCCGCAAGGGGUUCCAGUUUGACGCCAUGUUUGACUGGACUGUCCUCAACUUGCAAAAUGGCCGAAGGGAUGGAAGCGGAAGCACGAGCGGUACCCCCGCUGCGCAAGCCGCCCCGCCAGCGUUGGCCCCCGCCGCCGGUCAAUUGGGCACCCCCGACCAAGUCCCUGGCGGGUACGAUGGCCGAGGCGGCAUCGGGCUCAUGGGAGCGUCGUCGGGAGUGGACCCCCGUGUGCGCGUGGACCCACGCCUGCAAGACCCCCGCGCGGCGUCGUCGAACCGAUUGUACACCCGCGAAGACUCGAAGGACUCGGAUGUGAACUUUCAAGAGAUGCAGCGGAUGCAAGACUUGCGCAUGCAGCCCACUACCGCCCCCGCCGGCUACGCCAACAACGGCGGCGUGCGGGACGACAGAUUAUACGUGGCGCCUCGGUUGGCACCCACGGGGGUGGACUUGGGGGAGUCCAAACUGGGCCAGCGCCAAAGAUAUUAGUUUGUUUAGCCCAUACUUCACAUGAGAUAACAAUGCACACGUUUACACAAGAUA